AGAAAACACGUUGUGCGCCGCGAGUUAGCGACAAGGCAACAGUGCCUGAAAUAGCAGAAGUACUAAAAACAAGCAACCAAACACGUUGUGCCCACACGCGAUUUUUUGAUUAAUCCAGUUUGACUACAAAUGACUCUCGAGGUUGGAAAUAGGGGUCGAGGUGGCGGGUCUCGUGGCCGUGGCGGCAGAGGAGAUCGAGGUGGUGGUCGUGGCAUUUCACGUGGAUUUCGUGGCGGGGAUGUACGCGGGCGUGGUGGUCGGGGAUUUUCUCGUGGAGGAGAUCGAGGAUCGUUUCGGGGUGGUGAACGAGGGUCGUUCCGCGGUGGUGAACGAGGAUCGUUCCGCGGUGGUGAACGAGGGUCGUUUCGCGGUGGAGAUCGAGGAUCAUUUCGAGGAACCUUUCGCGGAGGAAACCAAGGUGCACCUGCAAGGGGAGCUUUUAUGGGAGGCAAAAGAGAUGUCAACGGUAGUUCUGUAGGAAAGAUCAAAACUAAACCCCCCAUUUGCCACGAAAUUGCCCAUGCACUUCAGUUACGGAUCUGUUACAAAUCAGACAUUCCAACAGAAGAAGUAUUGAAGCAACUCCCUGGGUUCCAUUCUAGAUUCAAGAAACCAGCUGACAGCAAUGAUUACUUCAUUUUAUUUAAAACCAUUGAAUCUCUUGAAGCUGCAAAAGCAAGGUUAGAAGAAGAUGACACUAUCGAAUCAGUUGACUACAUGGGACUUAAAUCAGAGAGAUAUCAGCAUAAUUCAUUAGGAGACAGACAGGUCUUCCUCCAGUUUCAUUCACCUCAAAGUGUAGAAGCUGUUAAAAAAUUAGACGAAAAGAUUAUGUCAGUAACAUUUAUGAAAUCCAAUUCAAGUUGUCUAGCUGAAUUCCCAUCUGUUGAGGAAGCACAUGAGUUCAUUAAAAACACAACCGUGUCGGUGGAUCGUGGUCAGCUAAAAUAUUGCACCAAGAGCACCGCCAUGGAAACCUUACGUGUCGCCAAUGCCAGCAUUCAACGUGAUCAAAUUGUCGUACGGGAUAUUCCCAAAAAGGCUACUCUAAAAGAAUUAGCCCAACUCUUCCCAGAUGCCAACAGCGUGACGCUAUUCAACAAAACGUUUCCCACCUCUGACUAUUGUCAUGCCGCCUUCCGUUUCGAAGAUGCCGAACGAGUAAAGGCAAUUCUCGCCGCCAACCCAACUAACGAAAUUCUUGGGAAAAAGGUUUACAUUGGUCCAGCAUACGAAUGCUUAUUGACAGAUAUGCCUAAGCUAGGCGAACCUUGGCUAGGAGACAAAACAGUUACAGAACCCACCAAAGAUUCGAAAGAAUCGCCGAACAAAAAAAUGAAACUGGAGAAAGAUGUGAACGGUGGUGAGGAAGAAGAAGAGGAAGAAGAAGAAGGUGAAGACGAAGAAAAUGAGGAAAACGACGAUGAAGAAAAUGAGGAAGACGACGAGGAAGAAAAUGAGGAAGAUGACGAGGAAGGCGAGGAUGAAAAUGGUAAAGAUGGCGAUGAAGAAGAAAUGGAAUCUGCGGAAGAUGAUGAUGAUGAAGAAGAGAGUGACGAUUAAAGUGGUGGUGCCAGUGUUAACACCAAUGUAAUCGAGGCAUUUCUAUUUUGUGUUAACCUUGCUUUGCAAAUUUCAACCAAAUAAAACGAAUCGGACACCAUAAAACU